AUGACUACCCUCCUAUCGCUUCCGGUGGAGACUACCCAGUUAAUACUAGGAUACCUCUCCGCCGAUGACUUCCGUGCGUUCCGACAAACGUGCCGAGAUAUAAAUGCAAAGACUUUUCGUCGAUUCGCGCGUACAUACUUCCAGACGCGUUAUGUAAUGCUGGAAAAGGAAAGCUUGAACACGCUUAUCCACAUCUCAGAACACCCCUUGUUGGGGCCGGAAGUGCGCACGUUGGGACUCUGCACCGAUCACUUCCCGGAACCAGAAGAUGACUUGAGGGAAAGCCAAAGCCUCCGGAGCAUUAUGGCUGGAUACUCAGACUCGGAUGGGCUUGACUUGUGGCCUAGCGGGGAGCUUAGUAUGUGGCCAGAGGAUGAUGAUGAUGACGACGACGACGUCCUCAACCAAUCCUAUGCAACUACAUAUCGUCGAUGCUUCGAUGCCCAAGAGGACUUUCUAUCAGGCCCGGAUAUCGAAGCACUUGGACGAGCCAUGAGUCGCCUCAGCAACUGCAAAACACUCCUCCUGGCCGAUGCAUGUAUUCCUUGGGGCGCCGCACGAUUAGAAAGGGAAAUAGGUGAACUCGACAGAGGCCUAGGUUAUGACGAUGCUGGUAGCGAACGGUUUGUGAAGCAUGUGUUGCAUGUCAUGCUUACGGCUGCAAAUGCAAGCAAGCUUCCUCUGGAGGAAUUGUGCAUCUACCUUGGUCAGGAAGAUAAGCCCCAGACCAAGUCCCCAAUCGGCUUCCACCUGCUCGACUUGCCACCGGGGCAUAUGGCGCAGUCCGAGAGUCGCAGUGACAUCACCAGUCUUACGACUCUAAAGUUACUUGCUUCUCCACCGUUUGAGAAGACCUCCGAGGAGAAUGAUUCCGCCCCUACCUGGAGUCAGAAUCUUGCCCGUUUCAUUGGUCUUUUUCCUCACCUGGCGCACUUUUCUUUGGCCUUCAGCAACGACUUCGAUAUCCAAACUAUUUCUCCAUGUCUUUACAACAUAUUGUCAAUCCCCUAGCUACGGAAACUGGAAUUAACCCGGUUGGAGGUCACCGAAACGGAACUGGUUGGCUUACUUCUCCGCCAUCAAUCAAUACUGGAGGAGGUCAGUCUCCGGGAAGUGGUGAUGUACGAAAAGAUUAGUUGGACGACGCUGUUGAGGAAAAUCGAGCAGAUGCCCCAAGUUCACGGGGUGACGUUGAAGGACUGCUGGCUCUUUGCGAUCAGUCGCUGCGGUGUAACCUAUGAUUAUGAGCUAGGUGCGGUCUAUAUCAGAAACAGACAGGAUUUCAAAGAGGCAAUAGCUAUGGUGGAGGAGCUGGAGAUGAUAUGGAAUCUGGACUGAGUCAUGUAUAGGUCUUGUUGGAAAUCCGAGGAUUCCCCUUCCCUUCAGGAUUAAGACCAUCAGUCUGAAAGUCCUAGACUUAGAGUUCGAAGGCCUAGAUGGAAUCACUUAGAGAUAUAAACCCGACAGGAACUCUCA